AAAUGUCUCAGAAUCCUGACGAGCCACAGUCAAGUGAAGAAAAAUUGAGUGGUUUGGAGGAUGGUCAAGAGGAGAGCUUGGAGAACCCAGAUCAGUCUGUCAGGAAAAGAAUGCGGCAGAGUGCUCCAGGCUCACACAGAGGUGACAGUCCAAAGUCUAGUCCUCCUCAACUUGUGUCAAUAGAAGAGCUCAUGGAGACAGCUAAGGGAGUAACCAACAUGGCAUUAGCACACGAGAUUGUUGUGAAUGGAGACUUCCAGAUAAAACCAGCUGAAUUACCAGAACACAGCUUAGAAAAACAAGUAAGAGAUAUUGUGCAUAAAGCUUUCUGGGAUUGUCUGGAAGCUCAGCUAAAGGAAGAUCCACCGACCUAUGACCAUGCAAUUAAACUGCUUGGAGAAAUUAAAGAGAAUCUCCUGUCUUUCUUGUUGCCUGGUCAUACUAGACUGAGAAACCAAAUCACAGAGGUUCUUGAUCUGGAUUUGAUAAAACAGGAGGCAGAGAAUGGAGCCCUUGAAAUUUCAAAGUUGGUUGAAUUUGUUAUUGGGAUGAUGGGGACACUCUGUGCUCCAGCUCGAGAUGAAGAAAUUAAGAAACUGAAAGAUAUUCAUGAAACAGUUCCUCUGUUCAGAGCAAUUUUCUCUGUAUUAGACCUAAUGAAAAUGGAUAUGGCAAACUUCGCUGUCAGUAGUAUUAGGCCAAAAUUAAUGCAGCAGUCUGCUGAAUAUGAAAGAAAGAAGUUUCAGGAGUUUCUUGAGAAACAGCCAAAUUCUUUAGACUUUGUCACAAGGUGGUUGCAAGAAGCAGCAGAUGAUCUUGCAAAGCUGAGAUGUAAAGCGUUGCCUCCCCACUGUAGUGAUGAUGGUGCCACUGGUGGAGCUUCUGCCUUGUGCUCCACUGCUGUACAAAAUCAGGCCUAUCUGAAGCUCCUAAAGUGGGACCAUGUAAACAGGCCCUUUCCAGAAACAGUGCUGAUGGACCAGACUCGUUUUCAGGAAAUACAGCUGGAGCUGGAGCAGCUCCUCCUGACUGGGACAGUCCUCCUGGUCACAUUCAGCGCAGCCGGCUCGGCGCUGCUCGACGUUCCUGGCUUUGCUGAGAAAAUCAAAACCAUUGUCAAGGUGCUGCUGACAGGAGUGCAUCUCCCGUCCUUUAACCUGAAGGAAGCUUUGGCUACCAUCGGUGAAAAGGUGUGUGCAGAAAUGAACAGCUGCCUUUCCCAGCACGGGUUUACGCCCUUCUCAGCCGAGAGAGAGACUGUACUGAAAGGACAAAUCCAGGCUGCAGCCAACCCUGACAACACCGUAUCCAAGCUGAUAGAUUCUCGAAUUCAAAAGUUUCUGGAGAAUUAUCUUGCAUCUAGUCACCAGAAAUCGUUACCUGCUCUUCCUGGAGGAUUAGGCCCUAUUCAAAAAGAGCUGGAGGAGAUUGCUGUCAAGUAUGUUCGUCUUGUCAACUACAACAAAAUGGUCUUCAGCCCUUACUAUGAUGCUAUCCUUGGCAAAAUACUGACUAAGGAAGAAUCCCAACUUCUGGGGAAGUCAGAAGAAUCAUAAAACCAGUUUGUAUGCUACCAAUAUGGUAUUGUCAGCUGUUUCUAAAAAUUGCACCGAUAUUUGUCUAGGAAAACAGCUUUCCAUGUAAAUACUGGCUCCUUUUAAUUCACUAGUGAUGGCUGAUGAGGAAAAUAAACGAGAUGCAAAAAGGGCUCUGAAGUAAAUAAUGAGAGAGAUGCAUUUUUACUGUAAGUAUGCAACCUGGGGGGAUGUCUGGGUAGUGUUCUGACUGCAAUGACUUUUGAGCUGAUGCUAGGCAGAGCAAGUUUAAGAACCAAACUUAGUAUUUGACUGGCUCAUUUUAGGGCAUUUUACACCAAUUUACCGUGAAUUUAGUUUAAUUAAUCCAGAGCAGGUUAGGAAUGGUCCUUCCCAGAAGCGGUUAUUUGGCUUUAAAAAAGUCUUUAAAGACUUAAGAAGAAAAUUAAAAUCCUAGAUAAGAGAAACUUUAACAAAGGCAAAAAACAAAGCCAAACAGCACUUUAUUGUAGUGUUAUGGUUAGUAUGGUAGGCUACUAGUUUUUUCUGCAUUUUACUGCAUUUUUUAAUAGCAUUUUUUUGCUGUUUACCUGCAAAUGUUACAAAACACAUGAUAUAUUUUUGUAGCAAAUUUUCUGGUUAUUGGGUAACUGUCCUCUGCUAUGUACAGUACUUACAAAGGUGGCAAUCUUAUAGAUUGCAGCUGUAUUUAUCUCUUGUAAAGACUUCAGAGGGGCAGAGCUAAAAUGUUUUGAUAAAAGUGGCAUUUCUUACCUUUUUUUUGCUAGUAGUUUACUCCUUUUUAUGUGAAAUACUAAUUUUCAAGUAAAUCUUUGUCAUUUUUCGGAAGGUGGAUUUAAAGUGUGUGAAACUUUAGACUGAUAAUUUUACUUGUUUUUUAAAACUACGACUGGAGAUGG